UCUACAUCAGAACAAAAUAAACACGACCCAUUUAAUACGCAUUUGUCGAAAAGUUGCUACAUCAUACUGAUUUUGAGUUGUACAAUAAACAUAUAAUAAUAAAUAUAGUGAUAAUAGUGAUCAGUGUGUUCCAUAAAUAAGAUUUGGUACCGUGUGCAUAUAAAGAACCAGGAUGUUUCCUUUUGAAAUAAAAAAUGUGGAAGAACAAUUGAACAAACAGCUUAUGGAUGAUUUCAAAGGGGAGAGAAACGGUUUUUGUCAGGUGGGCCCGAAAAAGUGGUUUCUCCCAGUGCAAUACAAAGACCACGCAGACAAAUAUUACAAUUUCAAGUUACGGGAGGACGAUUUAUGGAUUGUGACAUAUCCAAGAUCAGGAACUACUUUUACACAAGAACUACUUUGGUUAGUGAACAAUGAUUGUGAUUUUGAAAAAGCGAAAAACACUGUGUUAAUUGAACGAUUUCCAUUUUUUGAGUUCAACGUCUUGCACAGCAAACAGUUCACGGAUGAAAUCAUUGAGUUGAAUGGUAGGAAGGAAGAAGUGAUCAAAGAACUAGAGAGACGACAUAUUCCUGGCUAUGUCUUCGGAGAAGAAAUGGCUUCUCCAAGGCAUCUCAAGACACAUCUGCCACUAAGCCUCCUUCCACCCAAACUCCUAGAUACAUGCAAAGUAGUAUACGUUGCAAGGAAUGCAAAAGAUGUUGCCAUUUCGUACUUCCACCACAACAGGUUAUUCACUGCUCAUGAUUUCUCUGGCGAUUUCGAUAAAUAUUGGGAUUACUUUGAAAAAGACUUAUUGUUGUACUCGCCUUAUUUGGAUCACAUCAAGGAGGGCUGGAGCCAAAAGGACCAUCCUAAUUUGCUAUUUUUGUUCUAUGAAGACUUGAUCUAUGAUUUGGAAGGAUGUAUUAGGAAAAUUGCAGCUUUCUUGAACAAAAGCAUCAGUGAUGAACAAAUCGAGAAGCUCAAAAAACACUUGCAUAUCGACAAUUUCAGGAAUGUACCUAUUAUGAAAAAUGUAAAAAUAGAUGGCCUGGUGAACAGCGGAGCUGAGGGGUUCAUAAGGAGAGGGAAAGUCGGUGGAAAUAAGGAAUACGCCACAAACGCCGAUCUAGACUCGAGAGCUGAUAAAUGGGUGGAAAACAAUUUGCCCAAAACAGGUGUGAAAUUUCCCAUGAGGAAUUGAUUAAAUAAUGAACAAUAUUUGUAGUUUUCAUGAACAAAAAUGAGUAAACAUUUUAAAUAAACCAUAAAUUU